UCAGUAGACUGUCUGUGUGUGGCACUGGGUUGCAUUGCUGGAAGAAGGGGGAAAUGAGCGAAAUGAGAAGAAGUACAACGUUACACUUUUAAACGUUCCAAAUCUCUUCAAAAUCGGAAGUACAUUUUUGGCUGUGUUUUCUGGUGGAUUACGCGAAAAAAAAUAUUCUGCGCCUUGGAGUUUGGCGUCUCUGUAUUGCUUUUCCUCGGACCUGCGCGCGGAGAUUCACACUCUCCUCGAGUCGGGAGAUGUUUGUCGCCGUUUGUGUCCACCAGGAACCAUUUCUUCCUCUCAGCGCCGAAGAGUAAGACAUUGAAUUGGUGGUUAACAUUUGCAGAAGUUGAUUGCAGUUGCUGAUACGGUGGAAGUGGUUCGGCUAUUCGGACACACAAAGGCAGAGGGAAAAGGGCUGAAGCAACCGAAAUCUGAAAGCACAGGAUUUUGCCCCCCAGCCUCCAGUGGGCUUCGUGUCCGACUGAUUUUUGUCUGGUACAGUGGCGUGCCAGUGGACACCCCCACCAAAGAGACCUCCAAUAAAUAAAGGAUACAUUUCAAGAUGUAUCCACAGGGCCGGCAUCCGGCGCCCCACCAGCCUGGUCAGCCAGGCUUCAAAUUCACAGUGGCGGAGUCCUGUGACAGGAUCAAAGACGAAUUUCAGUUCCUGCAAGCCCAGUAUCACAGUCUUAAAGUGGAGUACGACAAACUGGCCAAUGAGAAGACGGAGAUGCAACGUCAUUAUGUCAUGUAUUAUGAGAUGUCCUAUGGGCUGAACAUUGAAAUGCACAAACAGACCGAGAUUGCAAAAAGGCUCAAUGCGAUUCUAGCCCAGAUUAUGCCUUUUCUGUCACAAGAGCACCAACAGCAAGUUGCGCAAGCUGUUGAACGUGCAAAGCAAGUGACAAUGACAGAACUGAAUGCUAUCAUCGGGGUACGUGGACUUCCCAAUCUGCCUCUAACCCAGCAGCUCCAGGCCCAGCACCUCUCUCACGCUGCCCACGGCCCUGUGGCUUUACCCCCCCACCCUUCUGGCCUGCAGCCCCCAGGAAUCCCACCGGUCACCGGCUCUGGCUCAGGCCUGCUGGCUCUGGGAGCCCUGGGAAGUCAGCCACACUUGCCUGUGAAGGACGAAAAAAAUCACCACGAUUUAGAGCACCGAGAGAGCACGAACAUCUCCAUCUCACCAUCAGACAGCCUUCGCACAACCAGCGAGAAGCACCGCGGCUCCUCUGAUUACAGUCUGGACUCCAAGAAACGCAAAGUGGAGGACAAAGACAGCAUGAGCCGAUAUGACAGUGAUGGAGACAAAAGUGAUGAUCUUGUGGUUGACGUGUCCAAUGAGGACCCUGCCACCCCCAGAGGCAGCCCAGCCCACUCCCCUCCUGAGAAUGGUAUAGAUAAGCCUCGCCCUGCAAAAAAGGAUACGCCCAACAGCCCAGCCUCUGUGGCCUCAUCUGGCAGCACCCCCUCCUCCAAAAACAAGGAGCAUGGUCAUAAUGACAAAUCCUCAACGCCUGGUCUCAAGUCCAACACCCCCACACCUCGUAAUGAUGCCCCCACCCCGGGCACCAGCACCACCCCUGGCCUGCGGCCCAUUCUGGGCAAGCCUCCGAUGGAAGCUCUGGCCGCCCCUGCUCUGCGCACCCCCCUCUCCUACCCGUCUCCCUUUGCCAUGAUGGGCCACCAUGAGAUGAAUGGCUCUCUGACCAGCCCUGGAGUCUACGCUGGCCUGCACAUCUCCCCACAGAUGAGUGCAGCAGCAGCUGCUGCCUACGGACGCUCUCCCAUGGCUGGUUUCGAGCAUCCUCAUAUGAGAGCUCCUGGACUCCCUGCCAGCCUUACCUCAAUCUCUGGAGGAAAACCAGCGUACUCUUUCCACGUUAGUGCUGACGGACAGAUGCAGCCUGUACCCUUCCCACCUGAUGCACUGAUUGGUCCAGGGAUCCCACGCCACGCCCGUCAGAUUAACACCCUCAGUCAUGGUGAGGUUGUGUGUGCCGUUACAAUCAGUAAUCCCACUCGCCACGUCUAUACCGGUGGCAAAGGCUGUGUUAAGAUCUGGGACAUUAGUCAGCCUGGAAGCAAGAGCCCAGUUUCUCAACUAGACUGCCUGAACAGGGAUAACUACAUUCGCUCAUGUAAACUGUUACCUGAUGGCCGCACUCUAAUCGUUGGAGGAGAGGCCAGCACUCUUACCAUUUGGGAUCUUGCUUCCCAAACACCCCGCAUUAAAGCCGAGCUGACCUCCUCCGCGCCGGCCUGCUACGCACUGGCCAUCAGCCCUGAUGCUAAAGUGUGCUUCUCCUGCUGCAGUGAUGGCAACAUUGCUGUCUGGGACCUUCAUAACCAAACCCUCGUCAGGCAGUUCCAGGGUCACACAGAUGGUGCCAGUUGCAUUGACAUCUCUCAUGAUGGCACUAAAUUGUGGACAGGCGGCCUUGACAACACCGUACGAUCCUGGGAUCUCAGAGAGGGACGACAACUCCAACAGCAUGACUUCACUUCUCAGAUCUUCUCCCUGGGCUACUGUCCCACGGGUGAAUGGCUGGCAGUUGGUAUGGAGAGCAGCAAUGUGGAAGUUCUCCACCACACCAAGCCUGACAAGUACCAGCUGCACCUUCACGAGAGUUGUGUUCUCUCUCUCAAAUUUGCCUAUUGUGGUAAAUGGUUCGUGAGCACUGGGAAGGACAAUCUGUUGAAUGCGUGGAGGACUCCCUACGGCGCCAGCAUAUUCCAGUCAAAGGAAUCAUCCUCGGUUCUGAGCUGUGACAUCUCAGCCGAUGACAAGUACAUUGUUACAGGCUCUGGAGACAAGAAGGCCACGGUGUAUGAAGUGAUCUACUAGACUGAGAGGUAACAGGGUGGAGCAGCUCUGGAAUCUGGAGGAGGAAGGGACAGAGGACUUCUCACUCCGGUGACUCCUAGUCAAUUAGACACGAACAGCCUUUGUCUGACUGCCUGUCUCAUUCUCACUGACUAUAUUACUGACUGACCUGACCGCAGCCAUGGACGUCUGGGUGCUGAGUUGACCUGGACUUGAGCUGCCUGGACGUGGACAUAAAUGUGCAGCCCUACAGACCCCAAAACAUCUCCUCCACCGUGACCACAUUCGGCCCAGUUUAUAUGGCACUAGAGAACAUUGUCUCAAUGUUUCUUUCCUUGGUGUUUUUUUUCAUCAUCUUUCUUUGAUGGAGUUUGUAUUCUUUUCUCGCUAUGCGGUGAGAAUGUUCUAUAAUGCAUUGUGAAGCAGUGCUUCGUUCUGAAACUUCAUCUGCUUGGAGGCUUUGUGAAAAGUGUACAUAAUGGAGUAUUAAAAUGCCUUUUAUAGAUUUAUAUUUUGGUGUCCAGUUACACUUGUGAUGAUUCUCUUUCUCUCUCUCUUUCUCAUUCUCUCAUUGAUGUCUCGUUUUCCCCUUCGAGGUUUGGAAAUUAGAUUAGGACGUUUUUUCUCAAGAUAUUCUAUUCCGUGUUUUUCCCCCCUCCUUUGAGAAGUUCAUUUUCUAGGUUGACCUUUUAUGGAAAUCUAAUUUGCUUCUUUUCCCUCCCUCCUGAAAAACAAUUUUAAGCUAAAUCACAUUACAGAGGCGUUUUUGUAAAAUAUCCUAUUGAAGAACUUUUUUUUUUUUUUAAGUUGCUUGAAAAACCCCAUCGCAAGGCACCCGAGACUGCAGAUGAGCCUCUGCAGGUGGGGAGGUUCAUUUCUCCAACAAACACUGAGCACCAGUAUAUGACUGUCUGCUCCACCUUCCCUCUCUUGGCCGCAACAAGAAACAAGACCCUGCCUCCUGGAAACGGAGAGACUCUCUUUGGGGGACAUGAUCUGGAUUUUGAUUGCGAUUGUAUUGAUCAAUUAGUAAAGGACUACUCUCAAACCUGUGACUUAAUUAUGCUGUUGUAUGACCUGGACAUGACGUCUUGUAGUGGAAGAUUUGGAAUUUGGAAAAAGUGGUUGUUUUCCCUUCCUGAGUCCCAGUGACAUACACUGUGGUUUGUGUGCAUUGUUUCAAAUACAGGAAGCACAAAGUAAAGGUAAAAUGUCUGCAUAUAAGCCAAACGGACCAUAACACUCUUGCCUAGACAUUUACUUGAUGCCUAGCUUGUUCAUUGCAUCACACUGUUAGCAUCCCCCUUCCAAAGUAAGAGCAAAGAGCUGGAAGAAACGGACACUUCUCAAAACACACCAAAGUAUGUAGCAAACUGUGUUGUCACUGAAGAUGUGUACAGUUGUUGAUAAUUCAAUAAACCGUUUUUGUAAAAAUAAAAUAUGAAAUAUUUAA